GCUGACGACAAUUAAAGAUAUCAUACACGACCUGACGAGGCUCGAGUGAUUUCGGCGCUGUUACGCUGUGACUAUCAUUAUAUCUGGAAGAUGAAGCUUUUCAUCUUAGCCGCUGUUCUUGUGCAUAUGGCACUUGCCAGUUCGUAUGGCCAGUCAGGUGGCGGAGUAGCCUACCCUGGUACAGGCGGUAACUACUAUGGAGACGUAGGUAGCGGUUACGCGCUGCCCGACCAAGUGCCAUACGGCAUCACCGGACCUCUGAUCGUACCCUAUACCAGCGACAUUCACAAGCGCCAUCACGGCGGAUACAAGCAUGGAAUACACGAUGCUAGGAAUCAACAGCACUCGGGUAACUACUACAAGGACAACGGUGCCUACAACGACAACACCAACGGCCGAUACUACAACAACCAGUACAACCUGAAGGGCAGGGGCGCACAGUUCCGGAACAAUUACCUAUCUGACUUCAAUGGAAAGCAUUUAAACAACAACUACGUGAAGGGUAAGGCUUGGGGCCACAGCCAGUUCGCGCCCACGGCUGGUCUCUACUACAGGAAGCUGUACUCCGGAUUAAAACCCAUUUACUGGUAGACAACGCUCGCUGCUCAUCGCUGUGACCAGUUCGUUCUUCCUGUCUACAACUCAUUUUAUGAUCUUGCCUCGCGUGACGUUGACUCACAGGUCAUGCGCGUCUAUAGUUACACUCCAAUGAAUGCUUUACGCGUACACGUACUGAAUUUCAAACUUGUGCAGUUACUCUACAGUCUACUAAUAGAUCUGCGAAUGUUAAAGUUUGCAAGGCAAGGUUACACAGAGCUAUCAUUUGUAAAUAUAACGAGGCACAUCAAAUUCGAACGCGAAAUAGAGCGUUUAUAUUGUUCUUUGCUAUUUUACUAACGUAUCACGUCAGAUGAAGCCGAAGACUAACAAGUUCGAUGCGGGACCGUCUAAUGUGUCCUAUUCUCAUUUAACUUCUUCCGUGAAAACGGCGCAGCGCCGUAUCAACGCGGAUGUUAUUGCGUGUCUGAUUACUAGGCAAGACUCGUAUGACAUUUUGAACCUGUUUACCUGGCAACAUUUUCGGCACGUAAAACUCAAAUGAAAUCUAUUUACGGGCGUACCUGUGGCCAACUCUCCCACCCCCCAUUAUUGCCCCAUUGUUGCACAAGUGUUGUUGUGAUAAAUGCGCUACGACAUGGUAAACUUUCAAAUAACGCCUCGCCGCAUAUCCGCAAUAUUUUACUAGUAUCACAAUUACGACUGGUUCUCACAGAGUUGUAGAUGCAUGGUGAAUCGCUAAUAACGGCCAUACAGUUCAUCUCGCAGAUAUUUAUUCACAUAUUACAUGGCACAUAAUACCUGCAUAGUUUAUCGUAAAAUUUGCGAGCGAAGAAAUUAUGCUCUAGCUUACGACUUGCUAUCUUUUGCUGUUGACGUUGUUUUCGUCGUUGUUAGUAGGAUCUACAGCUCUACUCACAGAUAACGAUGUAUUUUUUUCACUAUAUAUAUGACGCCGUUGUUACUGUUGUUAAUAUUAUUGAUAAAUAAAUUUGUUAGUUGUUU